AUGCCCUGGGUCCUCGUCCUCCUGGGGCUCCUGGCCCACUGCACAGGCUGCAGCCCUCAGCCUGUGCUGAGUCAGCCACCUUCCAUGGCCUCGUUCCUGGGAGACACCGUCCGCCUGGCCUGCACUGUGCGCGGCGACCACGACAUCGGCCUCCACAGCAUCUACUGGUACCAGCAGAAGCCUGGCCACCCCCCGAGAUUCCUGCUGAGAUAUUUCUCCCACUCGGACAAGAGGCAGGGCCCCAACGUCCCCCCUCGCUUCUCCGGCUCCAAAGACCUGGCCAAGAACACGGGGUAUUUGAGCAUCGCUGGGCUGCAGGCCGAGGACGAGGCUGUCUAUAUCUGUGCUGCUCACAUGCCGUGGUUCCUCUUUGGCGGCGGGACCAAGGUCAUUGUCCCAGGUCGACCCAAGUCCGCACCCUCGGUCACUCUGUUCCCGCCCUCCAAGGACGAGCUCAGCACCAACAAGGCCACCCUGGUGUGUCUCAUCAGCGACUUCUACCCGGGCAACGUGACCGUGGCCUGGAAGGCAGACGGCACCCCCGUCACCCGGGGCGUGGUGACCAGCCAGGCCUCCAAACAGAGCAACAGCAAGUAUGCGGCCAGCAGCUACCUGACCCUGACGGGCAGCGAAUGGAAAUCUAAAGGCAGUUACAGCUGCGAGGUCACGCACGAGGGGAGCACCGUGAAGAAGACAGUGAAGCCCUCAGAGUGCUCCUAG